AGAUAUAUGUACAGACGAAUAGAUUUGCCAGGAUAUAUACAAGUAGGACAUUCAGUUGUCUAUUGAAGUCGUAACGGUUCACACGAUUAAAGCGACUACACUAAUCCAGGUCGCAGUAUUCGCGUUAAAAAGAGGUACACCAACGCUAACAAAACAAGAAUCAUGGCAUUGAUGUUAACGCUGCCAUUGAUCGGUCUAGAUCCGGAGCACUUUUCCGCAUUGAACGUAAAGCUUCUUAAGCUCGAGAACGAACAGAACUCGAGAAAUUCACCCGAUUCCGGACGGGCUUCUCCAAGUACCGGAAGUGAGACCAGCGGCAUCAGCAGUCUCGCACUGUCCGGCGAAUCAGCGUCAGCUGAAUUAACGCCAGUUUCAUCGAGACCAGAGACUCCCACCAAAGUUCCGUACAAGGAGAAGAUAAAUGCACCACCACUUCGCAUAAUGCACGGAGGACGCGACAUAUUGAAUUUAGGAGCAAAUAUUAGGCCAUCGUUCAAUUGGGAAAUAACAGAUCGAAAGUUGUCUCGAUAUGAGAUUCAAAACAUUAUAGCCAAUCGCUCGGUGCGUUACCGAUUACGCGAGCAACCACUUAACGAUUAUUCAAUGAAAUGCUGCGACGAAUGUGGAUUUUGCGAACAACCAUGCGUCUUUUAAUAUCGAGGUGACCGUAAUAAUUAACGCGACAGUAAUGUCCAACAUCCAACGUCGUGACAACUAAAUUGU